AUGGGGCUGUCGGGUUGGACGACCGUCCGCGGCGGUGAUGAAUGGCAGAGCAGGCUGGGAAGGGAGCCCGAAUGGCCUCCUCUUUUCGGAAAAUCGGACUCUUUACUGCAAGUGUUCUGGAGUAUCCACUCAAAGCAGCCAGCGAUGGUUUCGCCAAUCUCGCCGUUUCGGUGUCACCCGUCUCAUCAAGAAAAGGGUCGGCGCGCCCGCACUGGCAACCCCAGUAGCCGCCCCGAACUGAACCGGACUCUUGGCUUCACCAUCCAGGAUGCCCUGCAGCCUGUCGUGUUGCCUGUGUUGGCUGCGCUAUCCACCAGGGUACAAGAUUUCAGAACGACAAAGGGCCAUUUCCUGGCCAUCAACUCCAGCCAGGCCUUGCUGCUCGGGAGUCAGCAGCGACUGUCGAGCGAGUUGCAGAGUCUGCGGCUCGAGAUCAGAGCCACUUUGACGAACCCGAGCUGCCAAGGCUGUGAGGUAUUCAUAGCGAGGCUGGACGACCUGCAGCCCAGUGUUGCCUUCGUCGAGCCGAACGGAUUUCAGGCCACGCUGCAGAGAAUCACCGGGAUUUCGGGAGAGAAUCUGAACAGCUCCCUGGACGAGGGUAACCGGACAUUCCACGACAUUCCCGCCAGGGUGACCCUCCAGGCGUCCCAGAAUAUCGCAGAUAUCAAGGCGACGAUCCGGAACGUCGGAGCGAAUAUCAUGUCCACCGCCGAGACGCUCCAGUUCAACGAGUCCCUCGGUCCCGUGACGGACAGUCUCCAGUCUACCCAAGUGACAGAGGUCACCCAGUCGGUCAAGCAGUAUGACCGCUAUAG